AUGAAAGCUGUAAUUUUAGCACUGGCAUUGACCCUUGUGGAAAGUGUCUUAACUCCUGAUAAAGUUUUAUUGUAUGAUUAUGAAUUUGAAGUUCAGAACAGAAUGUCCGAAGAUGGCUUUUCAAGUGCUGGACUAAAAGUUAAGUGUAAAGCAGAAAUUGGAAAUGUUCUUCAAGACCGGAACUUUCUAAAGGUUGAUUGUUUUGAAGGACUGGAUUACAAUGGCGUGUACCCCUGGAGCAAGUUUGUUUCAUCACCCAAAUUAACUGCAGUGUUUCAGGAACACUUGAAGAAUUUAAUUCUUACAUUUCAAUACAGAAAUGGGCAUGUCGAUGACAUAAUGGUUCCAGAACAUGUCUCAGAAUUUGCUUUAAACGUCUGCAAAGGAAUUUUGAAUUUAUAUGAAAAUACCAUCAAGAAUGACCAGAAAACUUAUAAUUUAAAAGAGAAUGGCAUUGAAGGUAGAUGUGACACAACAUACCUCCUUCAAAACACCGAGAAACCAGAUGAAUUCUUGGUGACCAAAUCCAAGGAUUUAACUAAUUGUGAUAACAAGGCUAAACAGGUUGUUGGUGUUGCAUAUGUGAUUCCAUGUGAGUUCUGCAGACAGAAAAAUAGGAAUUUUCAAGGCACAAGUACAUACAACUACAGAAUGAAGGAUUUGAAGGAACGGAAUGAAAAAAUAAUCCUACAUGCCACUGCUCAAGAAAUUCAGCAAUUCACACCAUUCAGAGAAGAAACUGGAGGAAGCAUCAUAAUGGAGGCCAGGCAGAAACUGGAAUUCAUUGAAGCCCAUAGCCGCUUGCCACAAAUACCUUCUAAUUUGCAGAAACAUGGCUCACUUUUAUAUAUUUUUAAAGAUAGUCCACUACUUCCUGUUCCAUUAUCAAAAAUCAAGAACAGAAACAAGGAGAUUGAGGAUGGAUUGCGUUACCUGGCAAAUGACAAUGUCCCAAAAGACGGUAAAAGAUUUUUGCAACUGGUCAACAUUUUGCGCACAGAAAAAGAAAUUAAUUAUUCUGAAGUCUUUGACCCCUAUUAUAGCCAGCCAAAGUAUAGAGCCAUUGUUUUGGAUUUGAUCUCUGCUGCGGGGACUUCAAUGGGACUAAGAUAUGUGAGGCACAAAAUAGUUCAACAAGAGAUCACCACAACUGAAGCAGCCCAGAUAUUGCUUGUCUUCUUCCAUUACUCCAAUGCAUUUGAAGAAGUAGUUGAAGAAGCUAUGGCCAUAAUGAUAGAAGUUCUUAAAGGUCCACGGAGUCUCUAUCGUACUACCAUCUGUCUCGCCUAUGGAUCAUUACUUUCCAGAUUCUAUGCCAUCUCAGACACAAUCCCUGACAAAUAUCUCAAGCCUCUGACUGAUUUUGCAACUAAAGCCAUAAGAUCAUCUGACAUAGAUGCAAGUGUCUUGGCUUUGAAAACCUUUGGCAAUGUGAGACACAUAAUUGUCUUGAAGCCCAUUAUGAAGUAUCUGCUAACUGCUGAUCCCUCUGAUAUUAGAAUUCAACAGAAUGCUAUUAUGGCUCUAAGAAAUCUUGGCAAAAAAGACCCUACACGGGCCACAAAUGUUUCAGAUGGUAUUUGCACAACUCUAAUAUUUCCUAUCUAUUUUGCACAGGUACAAGGAAUUUUACUUCCAAUAAUCAAGAAUUACAAAAUUGAUUCUCUAGUCCGAACAUGUGCUGCCUUUGUCCUUCUGGAAUCAAAGCCUACUUUCCCUAUUCUGAUGACCUUAGCUAAUGCAAUGUUACAUGAACCUAGUAUACAGGUUGAAAACUUUGUCUUCAUGUACCUCAGCACAAUAGCCGGAAGCCGAUCUCCUGAAUUCCGAGUGACGGCUCCUGCUUACAGGAUGGCUCUCAAAGUACUAACUGAAAAAAGUCAAAGAUGGGCAGGUCAUUCGGUCAGCAGCUAUUCCCUCAUUGAAUACUUUGAUGAAUUUUAUAAGGGUCGUCUGGGAAUGAAUUCAAUGUUUCUUCAUGAAGAAAUGAAUACACAGCCAACAUUUAUAAUGAACAAUUUCAAGGCAAUCUUCAUGGGCAGCAUAUUUUCUCCUUUGGAGAUAGGAGUUCAAAUACAAAGAAUAAAGGAAAUCUCAGAGGUUCUGCAACAAGUUAACAAAGGUCAUGAUUCACAGCAACCUCAGAAAACGCCUUCUGACCAGAAAACCACAACAGAUGAGUCGAUUGCUCUAGAAGUAUAUGCCAAAAUAUUUGACCAGGAGAUCGUAACUGAGUACAUAAGGAUGGAUAGAAUUCGACAAAUAUUACAGGCAAAUCAUGAAAAAGGACAUCUUCCUUGGAUAAAAUAUCUUAUAGAUGUCCUUAAAAAUCUUCCAAAUAUUCACUGGCAGAAAUAUUUCAUGUCUGCAGAAAUCCAGCGUAUUGUGCCAACCUGUACUGGGCUACCUUGGCAAAUAGGUUUGGUCCAUAUUGCUCACACAGAAGUUUCUGGAAAUGUUCAGUUACUGAUGACCCCAGAACCAACAUCCCAAAUCACUUGGCCUGACAUAAUUAACAGUGAUAUCAAACUGAAAACCAGACUGAGACUUCGGAUGAAGAAGGACAUGAUCUUAAACACGGGAAUUAUUACACCCGAAAUUCAUGCCCUUCUGGAAAAAAAGGCCACAUUGACAGCAAACAUCCCCAUAAAUAUGGAUGUUGCUGUGAAUAUUAAAGAAAAGACCUUUGAACUUGAACUUCCACCAUGCAAGGAGGAAACAGACAUAAUUUCUCUAAGAUUGAAGACAUCUGCUAUCACAAGCAAUAUUGAAGACCCACCUGCUGCUGUAUCUACCCCUGUUUUCCUCCCUGCAAAUCUGUCUAGAACAAUAAUAGAAUCCUUUGAGAGGUCAUCAAAAAAAGGGGAUGAAAGAAAGGACACACUUCCAUCAGAAAAGAAAUCAGCUGAAAAUCCCAAUGCACAGCUGGGAAAGUAUUUAGAAUCAGUUCACCAAACAAAAUGCUUUGAAGCCUGUACCUUCGGUUGUAAGGCUUGCUUCCACUCGGCAGAUAUGCAUGCUGGAUGUAUUCUACGAAGAUCUAUAUACAAUUUCAUUGGAGAAUAUGUUUUCAAAUUUUCCCUCAAGGAAUCUGAUCCAAAAGUCCCAAUUGAGAAGCUACGAUUCACCAUGCGGGGAGGUGCUCGUGUUGCUGAACAGAUGGUGCAUUUGUUGAGAAAUGAAGAAAAGGAUCUUGUAAUUAAAAGAUUGAAAAAGAUCCAUCCAGAUAGCUCUGAUGAGAGCAUUGAAAGUUCAUCAAGCAGUGAUUUUCAGGAGAGUGGUUUAAAGAAAAUUAUAGGUCUAAAACAAGUUCUUACCAGCCAGCAGCAAGAUAAUGAACAACAGGAACAGGAUCAGAAGAGGCCUCAGUUCCAACAGAAUCAUCAUCUGGAAAAAAAGCAACAACUUAAUGAUACUAGAAGCAGCAGCAGCAGUGAUACCAGAAGCAGCAGCAGCAGCAGUGAUACCAGAAGCAGCAGUGAUACCAGCAGCAGCAGCAGUAGCAGUGAUGAACUUGGAGGCCGAGAACUGGCAAACCAUCACUUCAGGGAAAGCCAGAUCGAUCAGUCAGGCAAUCCAUUGCCUUAUUCUGAAGCAAGCAGCAGAAAUGACUCCAGCUGGCAAGAGGAGGCAAAAACCCUUGGAGGUCUGCUUCUGCCGUAUGUCACUGUUGUGCUUGAAGCAGUUAGGAGUGACAACGAAAAGCAGGGCUACAGUGUUUCCCUGUAUGAAAAGCAUCACUACCACAAAACCUAUUUCAAAAUUGUUGCAAGUAAACUCAACCAAACUAAAUGGAGAGCUUGUCUUGACAGCCUUAUGCAACCUACCGGAUUCCAGAAUUCUUUGAGCUGGGGACAUGAAUGCAAGGAUUACAGAAUAGAAGUCAAGUUGUCCGAGGGCCAAGUUGCAAUUUAUAAAGCUGUCCAACUGAAAAUGAAAUGGACCAAACUUCCUUUUCUCCGACACGAACAUUAUUUCGGGUUUAUGUAUUUACUUCCUGCAGUUGCAUAUCAUUUGGGCUUUUCCACAGUUUAUCAGAAGAAUCCUGAGCGUGAGAUUAUAUUCAGAGUUAUUGAAAAAGCUCCAGGAACUCAUGUUGCUAUCGUUAAAGUUCCCAGUAGAACCUUUUACAAUGAUGAUUUCGGUCCCGAAUUUCUUUCCUCUGGCAUCCCAAGUUCAUAUUAUCAGAAUCCAAAAUUAAGCAGAUUUAAUGUAGCUUUAUGGCUGUCCAGAGAAGUUGAAGCUGUAUGUGAGGUGCAGGGUGAAAUCAUUAAGACCUUCGACAACAAGAUAUUCAACACGACUAUUGCCAAGAGAGAAGGCAACCUUCUGAUAGUUAAGGAUUGCACCACAUCUGACAGUUAUAAACCACUCUUCCAAAUAUGGAUCCAAUAUCCCACACCUGGUUUCCCAAAAGAAAUUCACAUAUCCAUUAACAUAACAGAAAUCAUAAUCCAAGAUACCCCAGGGAUGCUGACUGUGUUACUUAAUGAAGCACCAAUACCAAUAAACAAAGAAGCAAACAUUGAAAUUUUUAGAACAACCAACAAUGUUAAUGUCAAGGCUCCCGGAUAUGGCCUGGAAAGUGUGGUAUAUGAUGGUGUCACACUGACAAUAAAAACUUCUGCAAAGAUACAAGGCAAUACCUGUGGACUUUGUGGAGACUACAAUGGAGAAAUAAAACGUGAAACCCUGAUCCCAAACAAGCUGGCACUGAGCAAUACUGAUUUUUUUAAUUCAGCAGGAUUUAGAAAAUAUACAGCUGAAAAUAAAGUAAUACCACCAUUAUUUAUUAGCAAGAGGCCAACUCAGUUAUUAAAACAGAUUGUCAAAACGAUAAGUUUUGAA